ACACACACACCUGACCUGAAUACACCUGACGUGAACACACACACACCUGACCUGAACACACACACACUUGUGUCCAGCCAACUGUCGUGCGCUUCAAAAAGAAAACACUUUUAACAACAAAUGAGGUUGUGCUUGAUGAUGGGUGGACAUGUGAGGUCUUCUGGAGAUGGGUUGCUAGGAGACAGACGAUGGGUUGCUAGGAGACAGACCUCGAUGGUGAAGAUGAGAACCCUGCCUCUGGUCACCAUGUUGAGGAACAGGAUCAUGGCUUCGUCCUCGUGAGGAGAGUACGUGUCGAAGAUCCUCUUGGCCAUCACGUGUCCCUACGACGACAACAACCAAACUGACAAGAGACCAGAGCAGGAGAGUAUCUACGAAACCACUCUGCUCCAUACCCACACAACACAAACGUGGUCGAAACCACUCUGCUCCAUACCCACACAACACAAACGUGGUCGAAACCACUCUGCUCCAUACCCAUACCCACAUAACACAAAGGUUGUUGGGCAUGGCUCAUGUUGAACGUGUAGGGGUGUAUCACCAGGGUUGACAUUUAAAGUUUUGGUUAAGUGUUUCUGUGAGGCGGCUUACGGUGGCUUGGUAGACGAUGACGUGAAUGUCCGUGCUCUGCUCCCCAUGUUUAGUUUUUUCCUAAUCCUGUCAGUGUUUAGCGGGCAGCUAUGGUAGCUCUAUUACAAGCCACACACAAGACAGGGAAAACGAAACCGAGGUGGGAAGACUUCUUUCUGUUUCUAUACUCAAGAAAGGGUUGGGAUUGGGGAUGGUCAAAAAACAAAGUCUAAACUCUGACUGCAUUCCUGGUUGAUGACAUCUCCAUCAACAUAUAAAGCCGUGCAUUCAAUGAAACUCAGUCAGACCUUCUAACACCAGUAAGAUAUCGAAACAGACAACUGCCUAACUAUGAGCACUCCUGAGACAACCUUGGAAAAACUGGAAAAGCUGGAAUGCCACUUCACGUGGGGAAUAACCUGCAGCCUGUCAAAACUGUGUUGGCUCAGAGAUCACCUGGAAGACAUCAAGACUGACGAGGGGUACACCUGGCUGGGUCACCUCUACAACCUCCUGGGUUUCAUACACUACAGACAGAAAAGUAAUGAUUCUGCCGUCCAGUAUCUCAGAAAGGCAGGGGAGGCCUUUCUCCAAAUCAACAACACGGUCUCAGAAGAGGGUCCAUGGCUGUUGGUCAACUAUGGAAACCUGGCCUGGAUGAACUUCCAUCUGAACAACAUGAGGGAGAGUCAGGACUACCUGGAGAUGGUGGAGGCUGUGAUGAGGGAUCACCCCCCUCCGUCCCAGGAGGAUCCACUGCACCCUGAGGUGUACGCAGAGAAAGCCUGGACUAUCAUGUGGUUUGGCCAGGACAAAAUGGCAACGGUAAUAAAAUGCUUCCAGAAGGCAAUUGCAAUGGAACCUGAUAGAAAGGAAUGGCAGACAAGCCACGUUUUAGCCCUCAACCUGGUUCACGACAGGUGCACUCCAGAGAAGAAGUCUGAGAAUUUGAAGAGACUUAAAAGGGCUAAGGAAGUUGAUCAGGAGGAUACAUUCCUUGCUGGCAUUUACUUACAAAGACUGGCUGAGAGUCAGACAAUCGACCAGGAUGAGAUACGAGCGCUAGCUGAGAAGAUUUUGAGUAAGCCCUGCGGUGCUAACAGUGGUCUUGGACCCUUACUCGAAGUCUACAAAAAGUACUUAACACAGGACGAAGCUUUGGACCUGGUACAGGAGGCUUUAAACAUAUAUCCAGAUGAUCGCAACUUGAAAGCCAAGCUUGCAAACCUUUACAAGUGGAAAAUCUUUUCACAGGAAGGCGUCCCUUGUACACCGAGUGUCAUCGACAGAAGCAUCAGUCUGUUCCAGGAAGUGAUCGCUCUUUACCCAGAAUCCUGUGUGGAGGCAAAGUUGGACCUUGCAUCUAUCUAUGCUAAGUCAGGACGUGAUGGAGCUGAUGAGAUAUACGAGGAGUUACUGGACAGACGUGACCUAGGGCCUGCUGAGUUACAGAUGCUGCACUACAAGUAUGCCCAGCACCUAAAUUAUCAUGUCCGUGACCAAGACUGGCGAGACAGAUCUAUAGAUCAUCACAAGAAGGUUGUAGAAAUACGAAAGAAAAGCAAAUAUCAGAGCAAGAGUGUCGAAUUUUGAGUCGAAUUGUGGAACGAGGACUAAACUACAGGUGUGCAGAAAUACAAGAUUUUUUGGAGGAAAAUUCAACCACGAUGUGAGGGAUGAGAAGGAGGUCUUAGAAGUGUGCUUACCUACAAUCAUUUUCAAGACCACUAUUCAGACAUGUUUCAUUUGACAUGUGAUUUUUUUCAUUAUUAUUCAUUAUUAUAAAAUUUUUAAAAAGUUUGUGUAUUUCUGAU